AAGAAGUACUCCGAGCAGGAAAAGGACAAAGCGAGUACCCAGAAUCACAUCCCUUCGGCACCAGAGUCCAGUCCCGUGACGUCACAGAUCCCGAUCGGGAACGACGAGGCACGCUCAAACGGGGAGCCGGGAGACCUGGACGCAUUCAUCUCGAACAACCGGAUGCAGAUCGAGAUCUUCGUGAAUCGGACGAGAGCAAACGAGUGUCAGGGAAGACACAUCGGGAACGACUCCAUCGGCCAGACGCUCUUCCUCGACAUCACCUCGCUCCAUUCCAGGCUCGUUCGAGCCAUGGAGGAAGAAGAGAGAAAGCGAAAUCACUACGAGGGUCUUCAAGACAGACUGAGCCAGAUCCGGGACGAGAGAGCGGCGCUUGAUGCGCUGAGAGAAGAUCACAGGGGGCGGAAGCUUCGAGAGGCGGAGGAAGCGCAGCGUCUCCGGCAGAUCCAGAUGGCGCAGAAGCUGGAGAUCAUGCGGAAGAAGAAACAGGAAUAUCUCGAGUACCAGCGGCUGAUGGCGAUGCAGCGGAUGCAGGAGCAGGAGCGCGAGAUGCAGAUGAGACACGAGCAGCAAAAGCAGGCGUACGAAACGGGACAGGCGCAGAUGCCCGUCCCCUACGAAACGGGACAAUCACAGAUGCCCGUUCCAUACGAAACGGGACAAUCACAGAUGCCCGUUCCCUACCCUCUGUCUCACGUCCCAUCCGCUUACCCCGUCCCACCCGCUGGAUUCGUGGGAGGAAUGGCAGUGAGUCGGCCGACCGGAGUCCUUAGGAAGACUUUGGGAUAUGAAACCGUGGGUCCGCGGCAGCCUUCGGGUCUUGGUCCUGCUCAGCAGCCGGGGAUGGUCGGGCCGGUUCUUCGACAGCCUGCGCUGCAGCAGCUAGGUGCUCCGUCGCAGGGCGUGCAGGGUUCGCCGCAGCCGCAGCCGCUGGGUUUCUUGCCUCCUGGCGUCCCUGUUCCGCCGGGACACGCUUCGCCGUAUCAGAUUUCUCGGUGA